AUGAAGAUCGCCAGGUUCGUAAAAGAUAUCGACACUGUCAUAAUCCAGGAAGUUAAGCAAAGUUAUUACGCCGCCGUCCCAUGCUUGGAAGCUUUGUCCCUUUUCGGCGCCCUCGGAAUGUUGUUCUGCUUUUGUUACCUGCAGUUUUGCGCCCCAUCAUUCAUCUACUCUCUAUUUUAUUACUUCGUUAUGAGCAUUCCAAAUAUGCUCAUCUUCAUCGAUAGCCUACUUUGUCUCCAGCGUCUUCUGAUUUUUCUAGAGUUGGCUCCAGCCUUCUGCUCCAAGUUCAAAUUGUAA